AUGGUCACUCAUGAGAAAUUCAAAUCUUUUGUGAAAAACGAAUGGUUGAAAAUUUCGGUUAAGGGAAGAGGUGAUUUUAUCUUGUAUGAAAAAUUGGAAUUGUUAAAGCAUAAGAUAAAUGAGUGGAAUCGUGAAGUUUUUGGGUGGAUCAACUUGAAGGUGAGUAAAGAGGUGGAGAAUCUUUGUAGUUUUGAUAAUAAGUUGAUCGACAACUUUGGAGAAAAUACCGAUGUCGUUUUAAAAGAUAGAAACAAUGUAACGGGAGAGUUAUGGAACUUGUUGAACUUAAAGGAAAGCAUGCUUAGAUUAAAGUCUAGGCAACUAUGGUUGAAGGAUGGCGAUAAGAAUACUCAGUUCUUCUAUAACUCUCUUAAAGAAAGAUAUAGAGGAAAUACAAUCUCAUCUUUGGAAGGGGUAAAUGAUAUAAUGGAACCUUUGCCGGAAGGCCUCAACCUUAAUUCUUUAAACGAUGAUGAUUGCAAUUGGUUGGAGAGACCUUUUUCGGAGGAGGAAAUUAAGGAGGCGGUGUGGUCUUGUGACGGAAACAAAAGUGCGGGUCCGGAUGGCUACUCCACUGAGUUCUUUAAACAAAAUUGGGAGCUCCUAAAAGGUGAUGUCUUCAAGUUGGUGGAAGACUUUCAUAAUAAAGCUAGAUUGACUAAGGCUUGUACUUCCUCUUUUCGCACUUUAGUUCCAAAGAAUAAGUGUCCUCAAUCCUUGUCCGAAUAUCGCCAUAUUUGCCUUGUGAGGAGUUUGUACAAAGUGCUCUCUAAAAUCUUGGCCUCAAGAUUAAGAAGCAUUUUGGGGAAGUUGGUGUCAGACUCCUUACCCUUCAAGUUCCUUGGUGUCAAAAUUGGAGAUAAUCCUAGAAAGUUAUCGAUAUGGAGAGAUCCAGUUGACUCCUUGAGGAAAAGACUUACUGCUUGGAAAGGUAGACACCUCUCUCUAGUGGGAAGAGUAACUUUGAUAAAGUCGGUCUUAAAUGCUACUCCGGUUUACACUCUCUCUUUCUACAAAGCUCAUUCCAAAGUCAUUAGAGAAAUAUGCUCUAUCAAAAGCAACUUCUUGUGGGGCGGUGGAGGGGAUAAGAAACAAGUUUAUUGGGUAAGUUGGGAAUUAGUUUUUUCCUCUCGUGAAAUCGGUGGCCUCAGUGUUAAAAAUGUGGAGGUAAUGAACUUGGCUCUGUUGAAUAAAUGGAAAUGGCAGAUUCUAAAAGAGCAAAAUUUGGCUUGGAGUAGUUUGUUAAAAGGUUUGUAUGCGAAUACGGUUAUCAAGGUUCUCAUCGGCAAUGAGAGUGCUUUGACAACAAAGAAUUCAAUAUGGUUGAAGGAUCUUAUCCUUUCCGAUGACAAUACUAUUCCUUCUUCUAAAAGUUUUGCAGGGGCUGUUUCGUGUCGUAUCGGUAAUGGCAAAGGUACCUCCUUUUGGUACUCUAGGUCGAACGGGCAGCAGCCGCUUAAAGAAGCUUUUUCGGAGCUGCUCACCUUGGCCGCGAACCCGAGCUUAUCCGUAGUUGAUGCAGGGGCGUGGAAGGACAGGGGAUGGUGCUGGAACUCUCCGGUUCUUUUUGAGACUGGGGAUGUACAAGAUCAUGAUUUGCAGCAGUAUUUUGAGGAAGUUGUGCAUGACUUUAUGUCGGCGGAAGACUUGGAGGAUAGUUAUGAAUGGCUGAAGGAGCCCUUAGCGGUUUUUACGACAAAGUCAUGUUUUCAUCACUUUAAUAAACCGCUUUCCUUCCCCUCUAUAAAUCCGUCUGUGUUGAUGGCGAUUGAUUAUCUUUGGAAGAUUAAAGUCCCUCCGAAGAUUCAAUUAUUUGGUUGGAGAUUCUUGAUUAAUAGGUUGCCCACCAAGAAUCAAUUAUUUAAGAGGGGUAUUUUUCCAAAUGUGAAAGACCUCUGUUGUGUUUUUUGCUCGACAGACGAGGAGACCUUAUCUCACUUUUGUAGCUCUUGCUCUAUAACAAGAGAAGUUUAG